AGGUAAAACAUACAUUCUAAAAAAAAAAAAAAAGGUAUUUCAUGUUUAGAAAUUAUGAAUUCCUUACUUUCAUUUAAAUUUCAUAUUCUUUUCCUCUAUCCAAACACACGGCAGGGUUUUAAUUAUCUAAAAGCAACUCGAUCACACAUCACCACAUUCGAUAACUUGCUUUCCCUGCCUCAAAUCUUAUAACUACGUUAACAAUAAUAAUCUUGUUUGUUCUCUACAAACGGUUUUGAUUGGGUGAUUAUAUCCGGUUGAAUCACGAAGGUGAAGAGAACAAAAGCCAAAAAAAAAAAGGGAGUAGCAUAUUUUGAUACUCAUGGCGGAUCAGCUAAUGGAUCUCCCACAUACCACAGGAGCAAGUUUUGCAAAGACUUGCUUCAAUGGGUUCAAUGCCCUAUCAGGAAUUGGAUUGCUUACCACCCCUUAUGCACUUUCAAAAUCUGGAUGGUUAAGUCUUGGUCUUCUUCUAGUUAUGGCAAUAACAACUUGCUACACUGGAAUCUUGCUCACCAAAUGCUUGAACACGAACAGAUCAAUGAAGACAUAUUCCGACGUGGCUUUCCGGGCAUUUGGGCGAAAGGGCAGAAUAUUCGUUUCCAUUUUCUUAUACCUAGAGGUUUACCUAGUCCCAACAGGAUUGCUGAUAAUGGAGGCUGAUAAUUUAGUUAAGUUAUUCCCACACCUUGGAGUCAAGGGAGUCAAUUUCGGUGGACUUCACGUGGCAGGAAAACCAUUUUUCACAAUGCUUGUGGGUCUGAUAAUAUUACCUUCGAUGUGGUUAAAGGACCUGAGAUUGCUUUCCUACAUCUCUUUAUGUGGGAUACUUUCAACCAUUGUUAUCAUCAGCGCCAUUGUUUGGGUUGGUAUUGAUGAAGUAGGGUUCUCCGCAGCAGGAGAGAUAUUCGAUUGGAAAGGACUUCCUACUGCUCUUAGUUUGUAUGCAUUUUGUUAUGGAGCUCAUCCAGUCUUUCCAGUCCUAUAUUCUUCAAUGAAACAAAAAAAUCACUUCUUCAAGGUUUUGCUCAUCACUUUUUUCCUAUGCACUGUAAACUACAUGCUGGUGGCGAUUCUUGGCUAUUUGAUGUUUGGCAAGAAUGUCCAAUCUCAAUUGACACUGAACAUGUCUACAAAACUCGGCUCAAAAAUAGUCAUAUACACCAGUUUAGCUGCUCCGAUGGUUAAGUAUGCACUGAUAAUCUCACCUAUAGCAGAUGCCAUUGAGAUGAAUUUACCGAGUAAAUGGAAAAGCAAGCUGGUUUGGAUACUCGUAAGGACAUUGUUAUUGGUUAGCACAGUUGUAGUGGCUUUAGUUUUUCCCUAUUUUGAGUCACUAACGGGACUUGUUGGAGCAAUUCUUUGCGUAACGAUUUCCAUCUUGCUUCCAUGUAUUUGCUACUUGAAGAUAUUUAGUCUAUACCAGAAGUUUGAUGUGGAAGUUUUGAUUGUUGGAAGCAUUAUGGUUAUGGCUGUAGCUGUUGGUGUGAUGGGCACAUAUGCAUCUGUUAAAACGAGAGAGUGAUGUUUUUCUACCAAAUGUUCUGGAUGUAGACCUGUUCGGUAUAAUGUUUUUCUCCAUCCGUGGACGUAUGAGGAUGACUGUUCUGUCGAAGUCUAAGUUCAUGAAGUUGUACUUGCACAUUGGAUGGCCGAUUUAAAGUUACAAAAGUUCUGAAUUUCUUUCUCUGAUAGAAUAGUCUAAUAAGUAUUCUGAAGUGUUUGCAUUUCAAAACCAAGAAUUCUAUUCCAGCAGAUAUCAGAUAGGACCUUUAAAUAACCUACAUUUUGUAGUUUCCCAAGAACGCAGACAUAUAAGGAGCAGAGAGUAAGAAGGAAUGUGACGAGUUGACGAUUGUCAGUAAUUACAGAGGAGAAUAAUUACCUAUCUGCAAAAGACCAGUACUUUGAAAAAUGGUUUUGAUCGAGUUUGAUUUUAUUUCC